AUGGGGGAGGACUCAACUCCAUGGAUGGCAGAGGGACUUCAGCAAUCAUCAUCACUACGACGAUCGAGCGUUCCGCAGAACCUCAUGAUUAUGGUUCCCCACGAUGUUUCUACAGAGGAGGCGAGCUUCACUCCCCCUUUGGAUGACGAAACGCCACAAUAUAGCGUCUCCAAGAAAGAUGCUAUCAAUGGAAUCAAUGAGACACAUGGGGUCUCCAGCAAACGAGUAGCGUUGGGCACAGGAUUUGAGCCUUCCAGCUCCAGGCAGCCCGACCGUGAUAUUGACACUGUUGGUGAUAGGGGUGUUACGGGACGCCAAGGAGACAUACCCGCUCGGGCUAAGCCUGAUUCCGUUCCCUCGCGAAACGCAUCAGAUAAAUCUGUGAAGGCAAAACAGCAGAGGCCACAAGGUUCCUCAACUCCACAAGGUCGUCGGAGCGUCCAGUUCGCUCGAGCCGCUUCGGACACUGAGGGAGUGGGAGCAUCACAUUCAAGGACUUCCUCUAUAGGGCCAGAAGAUGGAGACCAAUUCUCAAAAGACCGCCGCUUGCAUUCGUCACUGUUUUCAAAACUGAAGGCAUUCGCCGCCUCCCCUCCCUUCCCUACGCAUACCCGCACUGCCAGUGGCCUAACCUUUGGAGACGAAUCCGUGGAACCCAGACCACCUGGCGAUACUGCUACUCCAGGAUCUGAAAGAGGGGAAUUCCGUUUUCCGAACACUCUUGAGGAGGAAGGAAGCGAGAUGGAUGCUGAUGCCGAAUCCAGUUCUGGGGAACAAGCGAGUGGUAUCCCGAAAAGGAAGCGGAAAACUCGCAGACCACCCGGUUCGGGGUCUCAUACGGCUCCUGCGACUCCGAAGUCAAGCGCGCGGUCGCAUUUCCCACCAAAUGCCUCCUAUACACAUGGCGACAAUUUCUUCGGAGGCCAUUUCUCUCGCAGGACUGACCCAAUCGCCAUGACCCCUCCGACACGUGAUGGUGUUUCUGAAGACGAAGGUCGAGAAAGGCUAAAACGCGAUAAUAUGUGGAGAAGACGAAACGGAUGGCUACAUAGCGCCCGCGGGUUAAGUUAUAGUGGCCCAGCUCGGCCUGAAGGUCGAAGUUCUCAAGAUGAGAAAAGGCUAAGUAAUUUUCGACGGUUAACUGGAAUUGGGGGCCAGUCAGACCAUGGUGAGGGUCUUACAGCAACAUGGAGACGACACAAAGGAGAACGUGGUUCAAGCCUUAGCGCCCAGAAAUGGCGACAGAUCAAAGCAGGACUAAAAAUGAUCGGGCAACGCAAAAAGGUUGAAACCACAGUAGACCACGUCAAGUCUGCCGAGCUGCUUGCGGAGCUUACCUCUGGCAUCCCUGCUGCUCUUUUGUUGGCAAGUAUGUUCCAAAGAGAUGAGCAUGGAAGCCGACGUAUCCCUAUUCUCCUCGAACAGCUGAAAGUUCAUAUCACGGACAGCAAAUUCGACCCACACUCAAGUGAUCGCCAUUUGAUCUUCCGAAUAGAGCUGGAGUAUGGCAGUGGGAUGACACGAAUGAAGUGGGUAAUUAACAGAACUCUCAGGGAUUUCGCCAACCUCCACAUAAAGUAUAAACUCCAAAUUGGGACCAGGAGGUAUAUUCAGCUCAAAGCCCACGACUCAACGCACCCUCUUCCACAUUUCCCGAGAAGCGCUUUCCCUUACCUGCGCGGUGUUCGGGGCUUGGAGAGUGAAGGGGAAGAGGAAGCAGAUGAGGGAGGUUAUGAAACUGCAGGGGAUGGUACAAGUGGGAAUGAAAGAUCAACAAAGAAAAAGAAGCGACGCUCAUCACUAGGACUCCCCCGGAGACGGUCGAGUUUGACUGCUCCAGCAGAGAGCAUUGCCUCAGGAGCCCUGGAGCCAGGCGUUACGCGCGCUGCGUCCAUCGCGGGUGUGAAAAAGGAAUCGUACCCGGAGCGCCAACGGAAGAAGCUUGAGAUCUAUCUCCAACAAAUGAUCCGUUUCCUUAUUUUCCGCCCUGACAGCAACAGACUUUGCAAAUUUUUGGAACUUUCAGCACUGGGUGUUCGGUUGGCAUCGGAGGGGAGCUAUCAUGGCAAGGAGGGUUUCCUCGUUAUUCAGUCUUCUAAAGGACUAGAUUUUCGGAAAGCACUGAAUCCUUCCAUGAUAAAAUCGCGACACUCGCCGAAGUGGUUCUUGGUACGGCAUAGCUAUGUCGUUUGUGUUGAUUCGCCUGAAGAAAUGAACAUCUACGACGUCUUUUUGGUAGACCCUUUCUUCCAAAUUCAGCCCCAGAAAGUACGGCUGCGUGACCAAAAACCCAAACAAUUGGCUCGGUCCGCGAAGGAGUCGGCCGCACAUCCACAACACCAUACGCUGAAACUUCAAAACUCUGAACGUAAGCUGAGAUUACUUGCUCGAAAUGAGCGUCAAUUGCAUCAGUUUGAAGAUUCGAUUCGAUUUAUGGUGGAUACCACACCUUGGUCCAAACCUAAUCGAUUCGAUAGCUUUGCCCCCGUACGUCCGAACUGCUUCGCUCAGUGGUUGGUCGAUGGCCGUGACUAUAUGUGGGUGGUGUCUCGCGCCAUAAACCAGGCCAAGGACGUCAUUUACAUCCAUGACUGGUGGUUGAGUCCCGAACUCUACAUGCGGCGACCAGCUGCUAUUAGCCAGAAAUGGAGACUCGAUAGAUUGCUUCAGAAGAAAGCGCAGGAGGGUGUCAAGGUUUUUGUUAUAAUGUAUCGAAACAUCAACUCUGCCAUCCCUAUUGACUCGGAGUACUCCAAGUUUUCGUUGCUAGAUUUGCAUCCGAAUAUCUUUGUGCAAAGAUCCCCCAACCAGUUUAGACAAAACACGUUUUUCUGGGCUCACCAUGAAAAGCUAUGCCUCGUUGACCAUACCCUCGCAUUUAUUGGAGGCAUUGAUCUUUGCUUUGGGAGAUGGGAUACUCCACAGCAUCUUCUUACAGAUGAUAAAUUGACAGGGUUUGAACUGACUGAUGUGCCUAAAGAUGCCGAUCAUUGCCAGCUCUGGCCAGGGAAGGAUUACUCGAACCCGAGAAUUCAGGAUUUCUAUGAUCUCGACAAACCGUAUGAAGAAAUGUAUGACCGCGAGGUCAUUCCUAGAAUGCCAUGGCAUGACGUUGCCAUGCAUGUGGUAGGACAGCCGGCUCGUGAUCUGACUAGGCACUUUGUUCAACGGUGGAAUUACAUUCUACGGCAACGAAAGCCAACUCGUCCAACUCCGUUCUUGCUCCCUCCGCCAGAUUUUGAUCCUGCGGACUUGGAAUCCCUUGGUCUCGAUGGCACGUGCGAGGUUCAGAUUCUUCGUUCAAGCAGCACUUGGUCAACCGGAACGCCUGAUGUGACUGAACACAGCAUUAUGAAUGCAUAUGUUAAGUUGAUUGAGCAGUCGGAUCAUUUCGUUUACAUAGAAAACCAGUUUUUUAUUACUAGUUGUGAAAUUGAAGGGAAGAAGAUUGAAAAUCUUAUUGGGGAUGCUCUCGUGGAACGAAUUAUUAGAGCAGCUAGCAAAGGUGAAGAUUGGCGGGCUGUGAUCCUGAUACCUCUCAUGCCUGGUUUCCAAAAUCAGGUUGAUACGGAAGGAGGCACUAGCGUUCGUUUAAUCAUGCAAUGUCAAUAUCGAAGCAUAUGUCGCGGAGAGACAUCCAUCUUUGGCCGACUUCGAGCAGCUGGUAUUGAGCCGGAAGACUACAUCCAAUUCUUCAGCCUGAGGUCAUGGGGAAAGAUCGGGCCCGGGAAACAUUUAGUCACAGAACAGCUGUAUAUCCAUGCCAAGUGCAUGAUUGUUGAUGAUAGAGCUGCGAUAAUUGGCUCUGCUAAUAUCAACGAACGUUCUAUGCUUGGCUCGAGAGAUUCUGAGUGCGCUGCAAUCGUUCGCGAUACCGACAUGCUGUGGUCCAUCAUGGGAGGAAAUCCGUACCUUGUUGGCCGUUUCCCUCACACUUUUCGGAUGCGGCUUAUGAGAGAGCACAUUGGUAUAGACGUCGAUGAAAUUAUGGAACAAGCGUUAGAAGCCGAAGCUGAAACUGGCCAAACGAAUGCGCGGAGCGAACCAAACGGUCCUUAUAACCAUAGCGACGAGAUGCUCGAUCGUGAUUUUGACGAGGCUACCGAAAAACAAGGCGAAAGAGAGUUAUUAGAGCGAAGACACCGAAUACAGGAUGAAUUCCUUGCUAGAUCGGAGGAAAUGCGUAGCUUCAACCACGAUGUUGAUUGGGAACAGGCGAACAACCCCAAUCUUAAGAGUAACAAAAAGCUCACCCAGGACUCGAGAAUAAUGAGGAAUGAGGACCACAAGAAGGAUCUGGAGGGCCAUGGAAUUGACCAAAUGAAGAUCAUUCAGGAGGCUGGUCAUGGUGAUGGUCGUGACUCGUUCAUUGUGGAUGAUAGGAUGGAAUUCCUUGUCCCGGGAUCACCUGGAGAUACUCAAACCCAAAGGGGACAAUCUGGAGCUCGCAAAGAACCGCCAUCUCGGACUGGAGAUCAUAACGAGCAUGGGGACGUUCCACUGCCUACAGCACAGGGCCUUGGCCAAAGCGACUCCGGCUCCAGACCGUCCACCCAACCUACGGUUCAUGAUUCAUCAAGCAAUGGUGAUGAUCCUUCACAACAAGCUGCUCAGGAUCAUCCUAACACAACGCAUUUGUUCUCGUCUGAAAUAAACCGCCCCAUCGUUGACAAAGACUGCAUGAGGGACCCUCUGAGUGAUUCCUUUUAUUUGGAUAUUUGGCAAACCAUAGCUGAAAACAACACAAAGUUGUAUCGCAGUGUUUUCCGCUGCAUGCCCGAUAACGAGGUCAAAACAUGGAAAGAAUACAAAGAAUAUAUUGCCUAUGCGGAACGCUUCGCUAAUAUGCAGGGCCAGAGCAGCUAUGAAACCAAACCCAACGAAGCCAAAACUCACCCGGAAGCUACCAAAAUGACAGAUCCUCCUGGCACUGCAGAGAUCCCUAAUCAUCUUGCCAAAGCCGAAAAGAUGGGAAAUGAUUUGAAGGAAAAGGUCCUGAAUCCAGCUAAAAGUGAAACCUUAGCUACCCAAGAGGAAUUGAGACACUGGGCCUCAGAAGCAAAUAAAGCGCAGAUCGAGAGGAAUAGGCUCGAACUUUCUCAUCAGGAGACCGGUACAUCCCAGGGAGAAAAAGACCCAUUGAAGACGGUGGAGACGAAAUUUUCGCAGUCUAGCCAGAAUUUGGACGGCGCGACGGCAUCGUUCCCUGAGGCGGAGAAGAGCCCGCAGAGACGGGUUGAAGGUAGCCUACAACCAACCGCCUCAACGUCCCAGAGGCGGAGACGGAGAGCAACGACUCGUAGUUCGCGGCGGGAAUUCCAUGCUUCUGACGAUAUUAUAUCGAAAAUUGAAGCGGAGGAGUUGAUGAAUCUAGUACAAGGCCAUCUCAUAGUUUGGCCAUAUGAAUGGCUAGAGCGAGAAGAACAAGGAGGGAACUGGCUAUACACUCUCGACCAGAUAUCUCCUUUGGAAAUAUACAAUUAA